AUGUCUAAUCAAUUCGAGCCGCUACAAAACGAUUUGCUUCUCAGAGCCGCAAGGGGAGAGAGAGUUGAGAGGCCGCCGAUAUGGAUUAUGCGGCAGGCUGGUAGAUAUCUUCCAGAAUAUCAUGAGGCGAAAGGAAACCGAGAUUUCUUCGAAUGCUGUCGUGAUCCGGAGGUUGCAUCGACUCUCACCUUACAGCCCAUCGAACGCUAUGCCGGCCUCAUUGACGCUGCAAUCAUUUUCUCCGAUAUCCUGGUCAUACCACAGGCGAUGGGAAUGACAGUGGAGAUGGUGGAUAAAAAGGGCCCCAGCUUUCCCGAACCAUUGAAGUCUCCUGAUGAUGGCCAGUAUGAAAAGGUUAUUGCAAGAAGGGUAAAUGUCAAAGAAGAGUUGGAUUAUGUCUACAAAGCUAUCACAGUCACAAGGCAGAAACUUAAGGGAAGAGUGCCAUUGAUUGGUUUCUGUGGGGCUCCAUGGACACUGUUGUGUUAUAUGGUUGAGGGCGGAGGCAGCAAGAUGUUUAUUCAGACGAAAACUUGGAUAUACAAAUACCCGGAAGCAUCAAAGGCAUUAUUGCAAAAGAUUGCCGAUAUCUGUGUGGAAUAUUUGGCUCUGCAGGUUGUUGCUGGCGCACAGUUGGUUCAAGUAUUCGAUUCAUGGGCUGGAGAGCUCUCCCCAGUUUCCUUUUCUGAAUUCGCUCUGCCGUAUUUACGAUACAUUGCCACCAAUUUACCGAAGAGGACAGUCGAACUAGGCUAUGAGCCAGUUCCUAUGACAGUUUUUGCCAAGGGUGCAUGGUAUGCCUUGGAUGACUUGUGUCAGUCGGGGUAUAAUGUGGUGGGACUAGAUUGGCUUCAUGAUCCUGCUCUAGCAUACAAAAUCGCGAAUGGCCGCGUUACUCUUCAAGGAAAUGCGGAUCCCGGCUGUCUAUACGGCACCAGAGAAGCUAUUACAGCUGUGGUGAAAAACAUGGUAAAGGGUUUCGGAGGCGGCAAUCAGAAAUGGAUAGUCAACUUGGGGCAUGGCGUGACUCCAUUCGUUGAUCCUGAAAAUCUGAAAUUCUUUUUCCAGGAAAUUCACCGGCUGACAUCAGCUUGA